CGUGCCAUCCCUGUUCCCUGCACAUGUAGCUUCUCCUUUAUUAGUCUCUUGAGUUCACUAUCAAAGGAAAGCGAAUACCCGGAGUGAGAGAGAGAGAGAGAAUGGGGUUGAAUAUGGCGGCGAGAGGCGGCGUUGGCGUCGUGCUCUUGCUUCUGAUAGCCAUUACAGGGGCUGAAGAUCCCUACAGAUUCUUCAACUGGAAUGUUACUUAUGGUGACAUCUAUCCUCUUGGUGUUCGCCAGAGGGGAAUACUCAUCAAUGGACAGUUCCCAGGUCCAGAUAUUCACUCCGUCACCAAUGACAAUCUCAUCAUUAACGUCUUCAACAGCUUGGACGAGCCUUUUCUUCUCUCCUGGAACGGGGUGCAAAACAGAAGGAACUCCUUCGAGGAUGGUGUAGAGGGAACGACGUGCCCAAUCCCAAAAGGGAAGAACUUCACUUACAUUUUGCAAGUGAAGGAUCAGAUCGGAAGCUUCUACUACUUCCCAUCGCUGGCCUUUCACAAAGCUGCCGGCGGUUUUGGAGGCAUCAGGAUUCUGAGCCGACCUAGGAUUCCGGUUCCCUUCCCUGAUCCCGCUGGUGACUACACCGUCCUCAUCGGCGAUUGGUACAAAUCCAACCAUACCACCUUGAAGGCCCAUUUGGACCGCGGGAAGAAGCUGCCGUUCCCUGACGGAAUCCUCAUCAAUGGACGGGGGACUAACGGCGGAGCCUCUUUCAAUGUCGAACAAGGAAAAACAUACAGGCUCAGAAUUUCCAAUGUGGGGCUCCAACAUUCGCUCAACUUUCGGAUCCAGAGCCACAAAAUGAAGCUGGUCGAGGUUGAAGGAACACACACCCUUCAAACCACUUUCUCCUCAAUUGACGUUCACGUGGGUCAAUCUUACUCCGUCUUGGUCACCGCCGAUCAAUCUCCUCGCGACUAUUACAUCGUCGUCUCCACUCGCUUCACUUCCAAGAUCCUGACCACCACUGGAGUCCUUCACUACAGCAACUCUGCUGGGCCCGCAACAGGCCCAAUCCCUGGUGGGCCCACCAUCCAGGUUGACUGGUCCCUGAACCAGGCUCGCUCCAUCAGGACCAAUCUUACUGCGAGUGGGCCCAGGCCCAACCCUCAGGGCUCCUACCACUACGGCCUCAUCAACACUACCAGGACCAUCAUCCUGCAGAGCUCAGCUGGUCAGGUCAACGGCAAGCAAAGAUAUGCCAUAAACAGCGUCUCGUACAUUGCGCCGGACACUCCUCUGAAGCUCGCCGACUACUUCAAAAUCUCGGGGGUAUUCCGGCCGGGAAGUAUAUCUGAUAAGCCCACUGGCGGCGGCAUAUACCUCGACACAUCCGUGAUGUCAGCAGACUACAGAACCUUCGUUGAGAUUGUAUUCCAAAACAAGGAGAACAUUGUUCACAGCUAUCAUCUCGAUGGCUACUCUUUCUUCGUGGUCGGAAUGGAUGGAGGAGAGUGGAGCCAUGCAAGCAGAAACCAGUAUAAUCUUCGAGACGCAGUUUCACGUUGCACGACUCAGGUAUAUCCCAAGUCGUGGACGGCGAUAUAUGUGGCGCUGGACAACGUGGGGAUGUGGAACUUGAGGUCGGAGUUCUGGGCAAGACAGUACCUGGGACAACAGUUGUAUUUAAGGGUAUAUACGACAUCAAGCUCUAUCCGAGACGAGUUUCCCAUUCCUAAGAACGCUCGUCUGUGUGGCAGGGCAAGUGGAAGGCACACUCGACCUCUUUGAUUUCCUCAGCGAAGCCGUUCUAGCUCGGCAUGCUGCUUGCCUGCUUUACUUUACCACUAGUUAAUAUUUAUUUGCUUCUGAUUUUCAACUGUCGGGUGCUUUUGCCUUUUGGUGAUUUCCCUCUGGAUUCAUGAACUUGUAUCAUUAGUUGAUUGCCACCCUCUUUGACGAUGACCUCAGCUCGAGGUCUCAUUCUUUCCCAAAAGCAGAAAACGGAAAUGUUCGUGACCGCGUGAAGAGUUUUACUAUAUGUAUACACGUCAGAUCAGAUGUUCGUGCUUGGCAA